ACAGAGCUUGCUAACAAAAUCUUUGGCUCUCAAAUGUCAGAGGUUAAAGAGUCCAAUGUAAAUGCAGGUGAAGAUACCAGUGGCAGAUUACCCACAACACACCAUGAACACGAUGCAUCCCUUGACGACAAAGACCUGCUGUUCAUCUGUGAAGGUCUGCCCUCUGAUUGGAGGAGAUUAGGAGUGCGACUUGGACUUGAAUGGAACAAAAUUAAUGUCAUAGCAGACAACAACACACGGAAAGAUGGCGUCAUGGAAACCCUGGUGACUUGGAGAGAUGGUCAAUCAACAAACCAAAUACCAAUCAUGCUCAACGCAUUGAGAGAACAGGGACUUGUUCAACUUGCGGAACGAUUGUGUAAAAGGCGUGGCUACAAAGACGACCAUGACGCUGCUGCAAAUCAACCUCAAGUUUUAACACAACAUAGACUAGUAGGAGCAUCCCUUGAUGACCAAGACCUGCUGUUCAUCUGUGAAGAUCUGGGCUCUGAUUGGAGGAGGCUAGGAGUGCGACUUGGACUUGAAUGGAACAAGAUUAAUGUCAUAGCAGAUAAGAACACACUGAAAGAUGGUGUCAUGGAAACCCUGGUGACUUGGAGAGAUGGCCAAUCAAUGAACCAAAUGCCAAUCAUGCUCAACGCGUUGAGAGAACAGGGACUUGUUCAACUUGCGGAACGAUUGUGUAAAAGGCGUGGCUACAAAGACGACCUCGACGCUGCUGCAAAUCAACCUCAACUUUCAACACAACAUAGACUAGUAGGAGGGUACAUGCAAGAUGCUGAUCUAUUAUUUAUAUCUGAGAUGAUGGGUAGUGGUUGGAAAGCUAUUGCCAAGAAUCUUGGAAUAAAUAAAAUGGAAAUUGAAGAUGUAGAUACAAAGUUUCAGAGACAGAUUAUGGACGCUGCUUUAGAAAUGCUUGUCCGAUGGAGGAACAGACAAGGAAGAAAUGUAAAUCAACUCAAAAUAUUGAAGGCAGCAUUGAUGAAAAAAAAUAAAGAGAUCGCAAAGAAAUUAGACGCAUACUACCAACAUGCAUAAAGAACUUGAAAGAACUUGAAUCAAUGAAUUAGUGAUACAUGUACUGUACCUAUCAGGUAUGGACUAAACAGAGAUUGUGGCAUUAACGAAAUAAUAUUGUGAAAAUAUUUGAGAAAAAUUCAACCAUCCAGUUUAAAAGCAGUUAGAGUACUUGCCAGUGGACGAUUACAUCAAGUGCACCAGUAAUGCAAAGAGGAGCUUGGAAAGGAUUGGAAAUCCUAUGGCAGCAUCAUUGGUCUAAAGAAACCUGAAAUAUAAAGAUGAGCUGGACUUUUCACCACCAACUGUGGACGCAAGACUGGAAAUGCUGGUUAUGUGGUGAGAAAGGCAAACACUGAAGUAAACUACCUUGUAAAGAUGAGUGAUGUAUUGGAAAAACCUAGAAAGAAGGCAGUCGUUAAAGAACUACGGAAGUACUACCAGGAAACUCAUGAAGAAUAAUGACGGAACAUAGCUACACAUUGGUACUGACAAUUUCAAAAGACAAUUACACAUUGAUUAGGCCAGGGAUAAUUCCCCCACCCACUUAAUUUAAUAUGAUAUAUAGGGAGUAAAUGAUAAUAUACAGUAUAUAUAGGAAAUACAUAAUUUAAUAUUGUACAUUUCCUGCCCCCACCACUGCGAUUACGACACUCAAUAGAGUUUAAUGCCACAGUGUAUCAUAUGGCAAAUAAUGACACAUGAUGAUUUUUGAUAUGUUAUAUAGGAAGUAAAUGAUAAUAUAAUACAGUAUAUAUAGGAAAUACAUAAUUUAAUAUUGUACAUUUGGUAAAUAUAACAGUAUUAUACAAAUAUACACUGUGCUUUUAUAUUCUUUAAACAUAGAAUCAUAUUUUUAGGACAGCCAAGUUGCUUUACAUUAAUUAUAUGAUACAUUUUGUUUUUAUAUCACAACAAUGCAUUUAUAAUAAUAAUAAUAAUAAUAAUUAUAUGUUAGACUUACAUAGCAUUUAACACCACAAGGCUUCUAAGCACUUUACAUUAUGUAUAUAAUGCAAUUGUACUUAAUAAUAAACACUUUCUCAUUUCAUAUUUAUAUAAAGAUAGUAUAUUUUUUAAACCAGCUAAAUAAGCUAAUUUUGAUACUGAAAGGCCAAACAAGUUUUUUUUAAAUAAGAUUUUUUAAAAUAUUUUAGAAUGUUAUAUCUUAAGAAUUAAGAAAAAUAUCUUCAUUUAAUUGAAAUGUUUUGAUUACAUGUUUGAGGGCGUUGCUUAUUAUGCCCUGGGCCAAAGUUUUGUAAUUAUGGGAUGAUACUUCAAACACCAGCUCAAAUUUUCCGCAUGGAAAAUCGCAAGGAAAAUAGAUGCGCAGAAUCGUAAUUACUGCAUAAUACAUUUUUAUAUAUUAAGAUUAGGCCAAGGCCUAAUAUUUGGCAAAAUGUUUGCCCGGAGAAUAUAUUCCUCGCACAGCUUACUUUACAGUGUGCAGGAGUGGGAUAAAGAUGGUGGACAGUGCUACAUAUCUGGAUUCCUGCAUAAUUAAAAUAAAAUGGCCCAAAUCAUUCCAGUAUAGGAUGCAUUUUUUUUUUUUAUAUUAAAUCUAAGCAUCCACAAAAAUAAAAAAUAGAAGGCUACGGCACAGAAUGAUCAUAUCCUCGUCCCUUUUUCAAACUAUAAAGGUACAUAAACAUUAUUGAUAUCACAAAUGCUUGCCUUGUUGGUUAUUGUAUGUAUAGUAUUUUCAAGAUCUGAUUAUAUUAUUAAUAAUAUUUGUCCUCAUUCUAAUUGGAAAAUUUACCCCUGGGGACCGGUGUGGCCUGACUUGUAUUAUUUUUUGAAAUGGUCGAUUUGAAUUUUUUAACAUUUUUAUCUAUUGAGGUUUUUCUUUCUAUCCAAUUUGUAAAUUACAUAAUUAGGUUUUAUUUCUGCAAAAUGCAGGUUUUUAAAUAAAAUGUAAAUUGGUCAAUCGAUUGAUGAAUUAAUGAUUAUUAUUGUGCUGUAUGUGCAUUUUUGAGGCACUUAGUUGCAGGAAUUUGUAUUGUUGAACUCUUAAUCUGAUUAAAUAAGGUUUUCAAAUCCAUAGCCAUA